GGCACAGUUGGGUGGAUGUGCUGGGGAAGACAGCUCAUGAGGAACAGGUCCCUCAGCCACAAUGUCUACCUGUGUACGAUCCUGUCCGUCCAUUCCCUGCCCGUUCGUGUCUAACAGCCAUUUAAACACCACUAAAUGUACUUGAUUCCACCAGUUCCCGGCAGCACAUUCCAAUGUGUUUAAAAACCUGUCCUGCACAUCUCCUUUAAACUUUCCCCUCUCACCUCAAAUGCAGGUAAUCUGGUUGUCGACAUUUCUACCCUGGGAAGAGACUGACUGUCUACCCUGUCUGUGCCUCAGUUUUCCCCCCAGCUUCCAGAGUCAAAGAGAAAACAAUCCAAGUUUGUGAAACCUUUCCUUAUAGCUCAUACAGUCUAACCCAGACAGCAUCCUCUUAAACCUCUUCUGUACAUCUACCGAUGAAGACAAGCGUGCCAUACGCCUUCUUUACUAAACUGUCUACUUGCGUGGCCACUUUCAGCUCCUUCUGUACCUCAGUGCUGUGAAGGGUCCUGCAGUAAACUACACCUAUCCCCUACAGUAAUCUUCCCAAAGUGCAACACCUCACACCUAGUUGGUUUAAACUCCAUCUGUCAUUUCCGCCCAUAUCUGUAACUGGUGAACCAUACAUCUCACCGUAUCCUUUAACCAUCCUCUACACUGUCAAUAACCCCACCAGUGUGGGUGGAGCUAAUUAAGUUUAAUAACCCACCAUCUACAUUUUUGUUCAUUUAUAUAUACUCGAAGAAUAGAUUCCAACAUGCAACAGAGAGAGAGGGCUACAACUGAAUUGCAACCAGGACCACCCGCUGCCCUCCUGUACUACAGAAUAGGCAGGACCUGUACUGAACCGGAAAGGUCUGACUCAUCUGCCGGUCAGUAUUGUGCCUGAGAGCUGGUACCUGCCAUGUUGCUCCUUGGGAGAUGGGUGUUAGUUACCAGAUACAGAGAGGAGAGUGGGUGGGGCAUGGAGAAUUAAAGCAACAGGCAACAGGGAGUCAACAUCGUCAAAGUGUGCUCCCUCAGCACCACCUGUCCCGCAGGUGUGAAGGACAUACCUUGGUAUUGCACAGAUGCAUUAUGGGGGUGCUGGGACAGGGCCGGACAGGGCAGCUAGAAUUAAUCUCAGCGAGACACCGGAUCCUGAGGGUCUGCGCAAGAGAGACACUGAUACGUUGUUACCUCAAGGUCGAGUCCAAGCCAUGGAACUCUUCGGCACCGUGCCGGUCCUGAUCCUAGUCCUGGUCCUGCUGAGCUCCCCAUGCAGGGCUGAGGACCCUCACCCAGACGAGGUGUGGACAGAUUUCUGGGUGGUGCGUUUUGUCGUUAACCUGGCAGGUUAUGCCACCAUUCUUCUCCCCGGCUACCUGCUAGUGCAGUACUUCAAACGCACAAACUACCUAGAGAGAGGUCGAGGCUUCUGUUUCCCAGUGAUAAGCACCUGUGUGUUUGGCAGUGAGGUGAAGACUGGGGUACAGGAUGAACACUCCCCAACUUCCCGAACGGAGGCUGCAGAAUCAUCUCCCACCAAACAGACGUUCAAGUUGCUGGCCUGUGCCCUCGGACUGCAGGUGUCCUAUCUGACGUGGGGUGUGCUGCAGGAGCGUGUGAUGACCCGCACCUAUGGGAAGACAGACACCAACCCCGGGGUGAAGUUCCGCGACUCCCAGUUCCUGGUCUUCAUGAACCGUAUCCUGGCAGUGACGGUGGCCGGCCUUAGCUGUGCCCUGACCAAGCAGCCCCGCCACGGUGCGCCCAUGUACAAGUAUUCCUUUGCCUCGCUCUCCAACAUCCUGAGCAGCUGGUGCCAAUACGAGGCCCUCAAGUUCAUCAGCUUCCCCACUCAAGUGCUGGCCAAGGCUUCCAAGGUCAUCCCUGUCAUGCUGAUGGGCAAACUGGUGUCUCGCAAGAGCUAUGAGUACUGGGAGUACCUGACGGCUAUUCUCAUCUCGGCCGGAGUCAGCAUGUUCCUGCUGUCCAGCAGCCAUGACAAGCGGCCAUCCACCGUUACUACCUUCUCGGGUGUGGUCAUCCUUGCUGGCUACAUCCUCUUCGACAGCUUCACGUCCAACUGGCAGGACGCCCUCUUUGCCUAUAAGAUGUCCCCGGUGCAGAUGAUGUUUGGGGUCAACCUCUUCUCCUGCCUCUUCACGGUGGGCUCUCUGCUGGAGCAGGGGGCCUUCUUCCAGUCACUAGCCUUCAUGUCACAGCACCUGGAGUUCGGCGUGCACGCCGCGUUGCUAUCUAUCUGCUCCGCCUGUGGCCAGCUCUUCAUCUUCUACACAAUCCGCCAGUUUGGGGCGGCCGCCUUCACCAUCAUCAUGACCCUGCGCCAGGCCUUUGCCAUCCUGCUCUCCUGCCUCCUCUAUGGCCACUCUGUCUCCCUGCUGGGUGCCCUGGGCAUCGUCACCGUCUUCCUUGCCCUCUUCCUCCGCGUCUACGCCCGCAGCCGUGUCAAGGCAAAGAAGAGACUGGCACAGUCUGUUCCGGCAGUACAGAGGGUGUAGGCUGGCCAGUCACGGACAGGGCAAGGCUGAUGGGUCUGCCGCAGGUGCCAAGCCUGGGGGUGGGGGUGGGGAGUAGGGGAGGGGAGACCCAGGAAAUGCACGGUCCAUCCCACCGACACAGGGGGUGAGAGACUCUCCAUAGUUCAGGUCACUGCACCUUUCCUCAGCUGGGGCCAGAGAAUGGUGUGGGUUUGUGUCUGUUUGCAUUGGGAGUGUGUGUGUAAUGUAUACACGCAGAAGCAGGCUGUUUCUCUGGAUAUUGUGUGUGUGUGUGUGUGUGUGUACAGCUUUUGAGUCAUGCUGUAUACUUGGAUAUGUGUAUGUGUUUGUGCUGGUGCCUUGAGGCACGUGUUUGUACAUUGGGCUGCAUGUGUUCAGCAUGCAGCGGUGUAUUUGUGGGUUCUGCUGAUGCAUGUGCAGUGAGUGACCAGACCACAGUUGAGGUUGAGUGGUUGACCUUCCUGGACCUGUCUCUGGUGCUUGCCUGUAUUCACUCCAAACCUCUUCUCCCCUUCCCACCACAACUGGCUGCUGACUCCAUUUGGAAAGCCUGGCCCAUUCCAGGUGCAUGGUACUCCAUGUAGUUUUACUGGGGCUUUCUGAAGCCUAUUUUAUAUACUGUCGGCGUAUACACAGACUGGUAUUACACUGGCUGCUGUGUGUGUUUUUAUACCUGACUGCUUUCAGUUUAGGGAGUGUGGGUGAUGGGCGCUGGACCUCUGCUGUUGGAAGUGACCCCAUUUCCCCUUCUGUGUACCUGGGUGUGGAGCCAGCAUCCAUCUGCAGAGCUGGCGAGUUGAUUCUCACUAAUAAAAUAUUUUGGGUGAGUCCUGUCGUCUCUCGUUCUCCUC